AUGGAUCCAGCGGCUAUCACAAAGCAACAACAACAACAACAACAACAACAACAACGGCCAUUACUGGUGACAUCUGCUGCUAACAGCAAAGACAACCAUAGUAACAGCAGCAUCAACAGUGGUAAUUACUUUAUCAACUCGACGCCAACGAGGACCAGGUCACAAAUUUCGCCAUCCAUUCAAAAAGACCAUGCACUUCUCCGCGAUGCUAAAUACCAUCAAAAACGCCUAGCAAAAAUCCGUAAAAAGAAAGGCUAUAUCAUUGAUAUGGACGGCGUCAUUUACCAUGGAACCACACUUUUACCUGGUGCAAAAGAAUUGGUCGAGUUUUUAUACCGAAAUAACAAGCGCUUUCUUUUCUUGACAAACAAUUCAGCGCCAACACCAAGUGAAUUACAGCAAAAGCUCUUACGUCUCGGCAUUCAAGUAACAGAAGAUCAUUUUUUCACUGCUGGACAAGCAACCGCCGAAUUUUUGCGUACACAGAUGCCCGAGGGUGGCUCAUGUUACGUCAUCGGUGAACCUGGACUCGUUUAUGCCCUUUAUCAGAAAGGCUUCAUCAUGAAUGACCAAAACCCAGACUAUGUUGUGCUUGGUGAAGGCAAGUCUUACAAUUACGAACGUCUGACCAAAGCGGUCCAAUUGAUCGACCACGGAGCCAAAUUGGUUGCCACCAACUUGGAUGUAGACACUUUGGAUUCCCAAGGCAAUAAGAUACCAUCUUGUGGGGCAUUUGCGGCUUGUGUUGAAGCGAUUACAAAAACCAAGACGUUCUUUUGCGGCAAGCCGUCAGCUUUGAUGAUGCGCUAUGCUCAACGGACCUUGGGACUUAGCACAUCCGAGACUUGUAUUAUUGGGGAUCGUAUGGAUACUGAUGUCGCUGCUGGUAUCAGUUCUGAAAUCGACGCGGUGCUGGUGUUGUCAGGCGUUUCUACCAUGGAGGAUUUGGCCCAGUUCGCGUUCCGACCUUAUGUUAUAUUGAAUGGCGUGUUUGAGAUACCUGAUGACGGCGGUGAUAAUAGCAGCAAUGGUGGCGGUAAUAGUGAUAACAACAAUGUUGCUCUAGGAAAGAAAUCUUCGCGACAAAUAGCGCGGCUAUGAUCUACUAGAUUUGAAUACUAUGUAGCAUUUUAAACGAUAUAUUUUGGUUAGAAUACUUUCCCAAAACUACAAUCAUUAAGAAGAUCUCUUUGUACAUUCAAUCUGCACCAUGAUGCAAUAUGAUCUCUCCUUGCUAAGGCGGGGAUGAUAUAUGUAAACAUCUCAGAUUCUAUCCGUAAAUACUGUAUGUAAGCUGUAAAAAGCGCUAUUGUAGUCAAUCAGGAGACAAGCCUGAUUGCUUCUCUCUGCACUUGAUGGACGCAUAGGAUCUCUUUCACUACAACUACUGAUUUUUAGAGCUCUACAUAAAUUAUAUUUCCGUAAUUAGAGAGUAGUUUUCAGUCUAGUGUGUGUUUGCUAUUC